CCCAACUCGGCUGCGAGGGUGGCGGCUUUCAGUGAGCGGGCCACCGGACUAUCGGAUGGAUGGGAUCGGGCCGCUUAACGUGCUGCGAACCUACUGCUAACAGUGCUACCAUGUUGCUGCCCAGACUCGGACUUACGUGAAAACUGCGUUGACAAGUGCUGUGUGCCUGCUGCGUUAUCAGUGCGCGCGCUCCUCCGCUCUCCUCCUGCUGCCGGUUUACCCGAGCGCGCUGCCGAAUGCGCGAUCGAACGUCGAUCAUGAGGUGCUUGUGGUUGAUCGUCGGUGCCCUGGCGGUGCUCGCUGUGCCGGCGCUGCCCACCGAGGUCAGGAACAACAAGAACCGAGGCCGCGGAUCGAUGUGGUGGGGCAUCGCAAAGGCGGGCGAGCCGAACAACCUUCUGCCAAUGUCCCCAGCCUCGUUGCAAAUGGGUCAGUCGGUGUACGGGACGCUGCGUCGCAAGCAACGGCGCCUGGCGCGCGAGAACCCAGGCGUGCUGAUGGCCGUGGCGAGGGGCGCCAACAUGGCUAUCAGCGAGUGCCAGCACCAGUUCCGCAACCGCAGGUGGAACUGCUCGACCAAGACCAACUACCUGCGCGGCAAAAAUCUCUUCGGCAAGAUCGUCGAUCGAGGUUGCCGGGAGACGGCCUUCAUCUACGCGAUAACCAGCGCGGCGGUGACGCACAGCAUCGCGCGGGCCUGCAGCGAGGGCAGCGUGCAGUCCUGCUCCUGCGACUACACCCACCAGGCCCGCGGCCCGUCGGGCGUGCGCGACUGGGAGUGGGGCGGCUGCAGCGACAACAUCGGCUACGGCUUCAGGUUCUCGCGCGAGUUCGUCGACACCGGCGAGAAGGGCCGCAACCUGCGCGAGAAGAUGAACCUGCACAACAACGAGGCCGGCAGAACGCAAGUCUCCUCGGAGAUGCGCCAGGAGUGCAAGUGCCACGGCAUGUCGGGCUCCUGCACGGUCAAGACCUGCUGGAUGCGGCUGCCCACCUUCCGCCAGGUGGGCGACAGCCUCAAGGACCGCUUCGACGGCGCCUCGCGGGUCAUGGUCAGCAACUCGGACCGCGCGCGCGUCAACAACGCCAUCACGAGCAACUCGGCCAGCAACUCGGUGCACGCCAAGCGCGAGGGGCUGUCGCGCAAGCACCGCUACAACUUCCAGCUGAAGCCCUACAACCCGGAGCACAAGCCGCCCGGCGUCAAGGACCUGGUCUACCUGGAGCCGUCGCCGCCCUUCUGCGAGAAGAACCCCAAGCUCGGCAUCCUCGGCACCCACGGCAGGCAGUGCAACGACACCAGCAUCGGCGUCGACGGCUGCGACCUCAUGUGCUGCGGCCGGGGCUAUCGCACCCAGGAGAUCGUCGUCGUCGAGCGCUGCAACUGCACCUUCCACUGGUGCUGCGAGGUCAAGUGCCAAUUGUGUCACACCAAGAAGACCAUACACACGUGCCUGUGAAUCCCGCCUCUCCACGCUCCGCCGUGUGCGCGCGCGCGCGCUUAACGAGUCACUUUCUUUUUUCUUUGCUUCGUUCUCGCUUUCACUGCGCGCUGCGCGCGACGCCGCCGCCGCCGCCGCCGAGUCUGCCCAAAAAUCCUCGGAGAGCUUAGAAAGUAGGCGAUCUACGAAAUUCUUAACUUAUUUAUAUGUCUCGCGUAUAGCUUCACUGUACAUAUCUUUCGCUCGCACUUUAUUUAUUCGCAAGUUAUUCAGCGGCA